CCGCCCCGCGCAGCCACGUGACGCGGGCGAGGGGAUUGGGGCUGCGGUGGCGCACGGCAGCAGAGAGGAGCAGCGCUGGGCGCUCGCUGCGGGUCCUCCCCCUCCGCCCUCCGCACCGUCUGCUCCGCAGCUUCUAGCCGCCGCCCGCAUCCCCGAGCCGCGGCGCCGGGAGGAGGAGGAGACGCUGCCUAGCCCGGAGCACGGUCCCCGCCGCCCUCCGCCGCCCCCCGCCGUCCCCUGGGGCCGCUCCUCCCGCCGCCGCCCGCAUCUCCCGGCACCGUGAUGGGGCUGCUGGAUUCCGAGCCCGGCAGCGUCCUGAGCGCGAUGUCCACGGCGCUCAACGACACGGUGGAGUUCUACCGCUGGACGUGGUCCAUCGCAGAUAAGCGUGUGGAAGACUGGCCACUGAUGCAGUCUCCGUGGCCUACGCUGAGCAUAAGCACUCUUUAUCUCCUCUUCGUGUGGCUGGGCCCAAAGUGGAUGAAGGAUCGGGAGCCAUUUCAGAUGCGCUUGGUGCUCAUAAUCUAUAAUUUUGGGAUGGUUUUGCUUAACCUUUUCAUCUUCAGAGAGCUGUUCAUGGGAUCGUAUAAUGCCGGCUAUAGCUAUAUUUGCCAGACCGUGGAUUAUUCCAAUAAUGUUAAUGAAGUCAGGAUAGCGGCUGCUUUGUGGUGGUACUUUGUAUCAAAAGGAGUUGAGUAUUUGGACACAGUGUUUUUCAUCCUGAGGAAGAAAAACAACCAGGUGUCUUUCCUUCAUGUAUACCAUCACUGCACCAUGUUCACACUGUGGUGGAUUGGAAUCAAGUGGGUGGCAGGAGGCCAAGCGUUCUUCGGUGCGCAGAUGAAUUCCUUCAUCCACGUGAUCAUGUACUCCUACUAUGGGCUGACGGCGUUUGGCCCCUGGAUUCAGAAGUAUCUUUGGUGGAAACGAUACCUGACCAUGUUGCAGCUGGUUCAGUUCCACGUGACCAUUGGGCACACAGCACUCUCUCUCUACACCGACUGCCCCUUCCCCAAAUGGAUGCACUGGGCUCUGAUAGCCUAUGCCAUCAGCUUCAUAUUUCUGUUUCUGAACUUCUACACUCGGACAUACAAUGAGCCUAAGAAAUCAAAAGCUGGAAAGACAGCCGUGAAUGGUAUUUCAGCAAAUGGUGUGAGCAAGUCAGAAAAGCAGCUAGUGUUAGAAAAUGGGAAAACCCAGAAAAACGGAAAACCAAAAGGAGAGUAAAUUGAACCUGGGCCUUAACUGGUUGGCAGUGAGGAAACUCCUGUGUAAUAUAAAAUUUCAGGGACAACAGAAGCAGAGGGUCUGGGCUAGGGAGAAAGGCAGGUGUACUCUGUUCACCUUUAGACUGAGUCAAGCAUUCAAUGUGGUACCCAGAUGUUUUAUUUAUGAAGUUUUUAUUUUUAAACAUUUUUUAUUAGCCUUGUUGUCCAGAUCAAAGCAAUCUCAUUGUGACCUUGGAGUCUCCCCUCCUAGUCACAUCUACUUGUCCAGUGGGUGAAAUUUUCAUCUAUCUGGUGUCCACUCAGUUCUUCAGUCUGAAUUUCAGAUGAUCAUAGAAACUCGAAUUUUAUGAACAUUUCUGGCUAAAUUACCAAUGACCUACUGAUUGCAAUCAAUUACCUAACACUUUCUUGUCCAGUGAUGGAAAUGCGGAUCUAUUUGAAUUUGCACAUUUGAAUUCAUUUAUUGACCAUUGUGGUCAAAUCUCUCCACCUCUAGUCAGAAUAUACUGUUUUGGUUGUAAUUAAAUUUAAAAAGUCUUCUAAUCUCUGUAGAAUCUUAGAGGCUUGAUGAUGAUGGUGUCGGUGAAGAUAAGAAAGAAUAAAAGUAAAAUCCUGUCUAUUGACCCAGAGGCCCCCAAUGUGGCACAAAUCACUGUGGGAAACAAUUUUUGUGAUGAAAAGGUAGCCUUUGAAUACUCCUGUUAUUAGCAGAAAUGUAUUAUGAAAAUCAAGAUUAUUGUCUGAUUGAAACAUGAAAUAACUCAUGUCUUUAUUAGUAACAUCUAAGGUGGUUACCUUUAUGUGCAAGUAUGGAUUUUAUCGGGCUUUCCUUGUUUUGAUUUGUGGCUGUUCCUGAUUUUUCAUAUGUGGAAAUAAACCUACCUCUUCUGUUGGAAAGAACAUUUAAAAUGAAAUAAAUUUUAAUUUAAAAAAAAAAUCAAGGAGUCCUCUAAUAUAAAAUUGAGUUUUAACUUUCAAAUUCACUAGCUUUAUGGGUUUAUUUUAUUUUAUUUUAUUUUGACAAAUAGCAUACACCAAACGUUUCUAGGAUACCAUCCAGGUAUUUCAAUGUAUUUAAUUUGGGCAUAUUAUAUCCUUUGUGACUAAGUUGCAGAAUCUUUAUUAACCAGAUAUGAAGUGUAAACCCAUUUUGGUGCAAUAAUCUUGACUCCUUGGUGCUAAAGAUUGCACCAGUCAGUGCUUGAUGCUGCAAGGUAUUACUUAUUAAUUCAGGAUGAGUGGAAAAUAAGAGCCAGUUAGAGCUAUCAAGUUAAACUUGCUACUUAAAAAAGAUAUAUUCCAUGUAAUAGAAGUGGACAAGUGGAAAAAUGUAUAAGAGAACUUGUUCCAAAUAUCUCACAUGAAUUAAUUUGUUAUGGUAUGUCACAGAGGGGUCGUAAGGAAAGAGAAAAAGUGACAAAAACAGCAUGGUUAUUUCUAAAUUUCUCACCACGUCAAAACUGCAUGUGUAGGAUAUGUGCUGUUUGUACAGACUUUCAGAGUAUUUUGUAAACUAUAUUUAUUGUGCAUUAAAACUACAUUUUCCACAAAGGCAUGCAGUCACGAGCAUCACAGAAAAUUCACAGCACAUACAGUAGUGUGGUCUAAGAGGAUUCAGUACUUUUGUUUUUGCUCCAGUGUGUAAUGACUAGAGAUGUGUAAAUCUUUGUGAACAUUCUGUACUGGGUUUCCAGAGCAAUUCAUUCCCCGCUACCUGAUUUCAGCACAAUAAAUAUACUACUGCUGUGGGAAAAAUGAU